AUUAUUCGCCAUCGAAUAGUUCAGCGGGCUAUUGAAAAUUACGAGUUUAAGCGAUGUUGGCUGACGGUUUUCCCCCAGGUAAAAUGGAUUGUUCAAACGGUUGUCCCAUUUCGGAGAAGGUACGCUCUAUCGUGUACUGGCGGCAACCAAUUGUAACAGGCGUCAUACUGACUCUCUUGCUGAUUGUCGAAUUUAGUUUUAUGUGUCUUUCUGCAAUCUCCUUCAUUGCUUAUAUCGGAUUAGCCCUUCUUGUUUCCGUCAACUUAUUGCGUAUGUAUUAUCACUUUGUGGCUAAAACAGAAAAUAAUUUUGUCAGGGAAUAUCUAGAACGAGAAAUCACUGUGCCACAAGAUAAAGCAGAGAAAGUUUCUCGACGUCUUACUGAAGUUUUAAACAAAGGGUUAACACGCACUAGAGAAAUAUUCUUACUCACGGACCCCGCCGCAUCUGUGAAAUUCGCUGUACUGUUAUAUCUACUGACAUACAUUGGUGCACAGUUCAACUUCCUAACUUUAUGCAUACUAUGUAAGUUCCUUUUUAAUGAUAAUCCAGUUUUAUGCAUCCCGAAAAGCUGUUCGCUUUUUUUGUUUUAAGCUCCAAACAUCAGAAUAACACUGAGAGAUUGAUACCGGUUUCACAUACUUUCAUAUCUCAGAGGGAAAUUCCCAUAUUGUUUCACUACAAGCUAAGUGUUGCGGUACAUCCCAGUAAUGGCAGGGAUUUGCUGAAAACACAAACCACUUUUUAUGUAGACAUCUCUCUUUAUUUUUCACAGUCCGCAAAUUUCUAAUAAUAAUAUUCCAAAUGUUAAACGCAUACUGUACAAAAUGUCCAGUGGCUCACAAUAGCUUUGAGUCCAUAGUUUUAUCUACACAUAGUCAUAUGUUCUUUUCACUGUUUUGGUAUUCUAACUAGCUAUACUUUUACAACAUAGUACCAGAUUAAUGUCACUCAUUGUUCUUCUAAUUUUGGUUCUUUUUUGUUUCCAUCGCAGUCACUUUUGGCGUCUUUUGUGUGCCGAAGUUUUAUGAGCGCUACCAAGUAAGUUUUUCCCCCAGAAAUUACAUAUAUACCACGUAAUGAAAUUAUUAACUAAACUAUGCAUGUUAAUAUGUUUAUUAUGUGCCUGAUCCUACGUUGUAGCUGACUGACUGAGUAUGUUUAUUGACUGGUGAUCAACGUGUAUCGAACAAUGUGAUGUUAAACUUUAUCUCGUUGUGAUUUCGAGUUGUCAUUUGAUCGCUUUUAUUUCUCAACAUCUGUCAUCCCUCUUGGUUGAGCUCAUUUUACUUAUAUAUUUGAACACAUAAAUAUUGGUACAAACGGUCACCGAAUACAUAUGCGCCACACAAGUCACUUGAUUUGUGUAUGGGCUGUGAUACUGCUCGGGUGCUAAGAUCGAAGCAGGCGGUUUUCCUCCGAAGCCUUCUACCUAAAGGUCUUAUCCACAAGGCAGUGGAGCAACAUCAGGAGAUGCAGUGGCAUAACAGCCGCUGACCAAUAACUAGUUCACACGCCAUUUGUUCCCUCAGGAUCCUGGAGCCCAUGUGCACCAUUUGUUUGGAAUCAGUGUUUUCCAACUCCCUUAGAUGGAUCCUCCAUAUCCACCAACCCAGUUAAAGCGCCGGACAUUCGCUUUUUGUAAACAACACCCCCGCCGUGAGAACGUUCGUUUACCAGGUACAGAUCCGUAUAUUUAGUUUCGAGCCUCACUUUGUGUGGAGACCAGUGGCACUACCUCGUUGCUCAGACUAAAAUAGGUGGAGCAACCUUCGAAUCUGGGGCUUGUCAACUGAAGCUCAAAUGUCGUAGCCACUUCAGUUUACAAUAUUUCAACGUUUUACCCAUAUUACGUUAACCGUCUUUACUCUUUUGUUAGUUUUAAUUGAUUCGUCAUAUUUACGUUUCUCCUCAAGGACAUGAUCUCUUGAUCAUAGUGUAUUCCUAGCACCCAUCAUUAUUAAUAUACCUAACCCAAAGGUUUUUCAUACACUAUCUAAAUAUGACUUAUAUAUAUAUCUUUGUUACCUAAAUUAUGCCGUAGGUUUAUAAUGCACUCAUCUAUUAAACUUUUGGGUAUUUAGAGAUCUUCAGAAUCCUCUGUUUCAAAUGUAUCGCGACCAUUAUUCAGAAAUGUUCAUAUUUCAUUCUUUUUACUCACGGAUUUAAUAUGAUUAUGAACUUGUGCUCACAAAUGUAGGGAAUAACAGUCUAUCCGAUGAUUCCGUCUGUCCAAUGGAAAUUAUUGCUAUAAUUGUAGAUUUAGCUGAGCUUUUAUGGUAAUACAUUAUUAAUUAGUUAUACUCGUUUUCAUCUGAGAGAUUUCCUAUUUACAAUAUUUCUAGUAUGAAACAGACUUCGUCUCUAAGUUGAAGUAUUAUUUUCUCAAAAUAAUUUAAACAAGUUGAACUUUGAAUUCAUUUUGUGUCAGUCUUCCUGUUUAUUGAUAUAAUGGUAAUUUUCAGAACAUAGUUGCAGGUUCAAGGAUUCUUUUCACCUAGUUCAGAUUUAGAGAGCUAGAUAUUAUCAUUAGCAGCAUGUACACAUAAAAGCACUUAGUUCGAAGUUGAGUACAUGUACCUAGACUUAACACAAGUUAUGUUAACACUAUUUUGUAAUGUUGAUUGCAACAUAGUUUACCAGAUGCGUUAAUUCUUCAUCGUCUAGAUUUUAUAUUCCAGUAGUUCGUUCCACCACACCGUUUCAUUCCUUCUCGAACCAUAUUAUCGCUGUUUAUUCCCUCCCAUUGUGUGGCGCAUAUAUAUUGGCGCUCUGUUGUACCAAUAUUCAUGUGUUCAAAUAAAUAAAUAAAUAUUCCCUCCCAUUAUAAUUACUUCCACAUUAUUUCCAUUUCUUUUGAAUCCAUCUUGUUAGUUUCAUUUUGUUUCUUUUCUUACUUUGUCUUCUCCCACAUUCUAAGAUUCUGCAUUCCUCAUAAACUUUGCUUGUUUGUUUAUUUCACUAGUUUAUAUUUUUUGGGAUUACAUCUCCGAUCUUUCAUGUUUUCUAUUACCACUUAUGCUGUUACUACCUCUACUAUGGGAUUUGACCUAAUAAUUCCAUCUGUCCGUGCUUAUGCGGCAUGGCCCAUUGAACCGAUGUACGUACGCGCCAGGUUCUACGUUGCGAAUGACUCUCUGUCUUUCUGAUGUGAUGUGUCAAUAUGCCACGGGCUAUAUGUUAAUUAUUACUGGAUGACUGUAAAAAAGUAAUUCUCCAUGUUUUUUGAGGUGGUAAAAACUCUCUUUUUAUUUGUGAAUUCCAGCCGGAAAUCGAUAAAAUGAUUGAGCUAGCGAAGUCAAAAGUAGAUAUGGUAUCAUCACAGUAAGUCACUCUUUCACUGAUAAUAUUUUGAUGAUUUCAUUUUAAAAUUAUUGUUUCUGUCAGUUCCUAUUUUGUUGGAAUUGUUAUGUAGUCGAAUUCUGCGCCAAAUUUAUUGAUUUCAACCAUUGCUUCAUUACAUGAUUAAUGUCCAAUGUAUUGUAAAUAUAUCGGUUCACUAUUGGUCUGAAGAAAAUCGAUUCACGUUUGUGAAUAGCUACCGUUUAAGUAAAUCAAAUUAUAUAACAGUAAAGUUGAUCAGUUUGUAGCGAUCAUAAUAACUGUAAUUAGUGUGAUGCUGAGUAAUUUUCCAUCUGAAUAUGGACAAUGUGUGUACUAUUUCUUCUUCCACUGGUAUUUCGAAGGCAGAUUUUAAAUAUGAGUUCUUUUUUCACUAUUCUUGCUUCUCCUGAUUGAUACUUAGAAAUUAAAUUAAUUGCAUCAUCACAACAUAUGAUAUCGUUCUAAAACAUUCUUGGUGUAUCAUUUAACUGUAAUUGUUUACACCAGAUAUUUCUUUUAUAUAUCUAACAAAACGAAACCCAUUUUGAAAACGAGCUACAAUCUGAUGAUAGUCUGGCAUCCAGCAGUUCUCACUUUUUUCAUCAAUUCACCUUACUGUAUAACCUUUAUCCUUUGUCAUCGAUGGUAUUUGUUCAAUACCCGACAUGGUUGAACUACCCACCGGUCACGGCUUCUCGUUAAAAUUUUGGGGAUUUCUUGUCUACGUCAAACACUAAUAAGCCCACUGACUAUUAUUAGUGCUAACCUUAAAUGUAUCGUCAUCAGACAUGUGCUAAUACCUAUCGUAUAUGAAUUGUUUGUAAGUGAAUAUCCCUUUAUAUGCAUAGUGAAUGCUUGACUAAUUAGCUUUUUUUUCGCAGGGUUAAAACGCAUCUCGAAAAGUUACCAAUUAUUGGCGGUGGUCGAAAGGAAAAAACACAAUAAGUUGCCUAUUUUCCAACUACAAUGAUCAUGCCGAGUCGUUCCAAGUUCUAUGAACAACGAUAAAUUUUUUCCAAAGCUAACUUAUAAUAAUUCUUUUUCUUAUAUAAAUAUGACAAAUGAAACUGUAAAGCAUGUAAGAAGUAUAAUAGUUUUGUGCUCUUCCUCUCUCUAAUUUAUAUUACGUAAAUUUUUUCUACCAAUUUUCAUACUUCAUACUUUUAUGUUUAAAUAAAACUAACUCCUUUCAAACCUCGUUAUUCAUCUCAUAAAGAGAAAAUUUAUGUUGUCAUAAAUGUUUGUCGAGAUGCUUUUUGUAGUUGGUUUCUGCUUCAAAACCCCAAGUUUAUUUGUUGGUGUAGAAGGAAGAGGAAAUUGGAUUGCAAGAACUGCUCAUUCUUUUGUUUAACUGAUCAGUAUUCACCAUCAUCAUCAUCUCUUCUUUUUUCCACUGUGUUUAGAUUACUAUUUAUUGUAAUAAAUUUCUGAUUUCUUUCUUUUUACACCAUUAAACAAAAAACUUCCUAUCAUAUUAUUUUCAAGCGUUUCUUGGGAUUUUGUUUUCGUAUAGUUAAGCAAAACUUUGUACCUAUGCUAAUAUUGUUUGCUUCUAGCUAUACACAGACAAGAAGAUUCAGUCAGUUUAGCGUACUUUCUUUGACUUGUGUCGUUAAUUCUCUCCAUGAUGAACCCCGUUUGUUGUUGUUUACAGUUUUUAUUGUCUUGUUUAUCACUCAUUUUUGCUGGCUUCAUUUAUAUCUGGUUAUUCGUUAUUUUACCAUGUAUCACUCACCACUCAAAUGUGUUGUUUUUUUCCCGUUUUUUGCGAAGAGCAUUUAAUGACACAUUAGUAAUAACACACUAUUGAUGUUGCAUUGUUAUACUGACUGUUCGACUGGUUAUUGUUAAAUGCUGAGUGAAAUGUCGGUCUUUUUGUAAGCGUUUUUUAAUUUGCAUAAAGCGUGUUCUCAUUCGAAACCCCUUACCAAAAAUAGAUAUGGUUCAUAAUUUAUUGCAUAACUAGUGUUGUUGCUUCUUCAUUAGAAAAUAAUCUUUUAAUGUUAGUUUUUUUGUACCCUGUUUAAUUAUGCUUACUUUUAAACUUCUCGGCUUAGGUUAUUUCAACUGGUGUCAUGUAGUACCUGUUUGUUUAAAAACAAGAAUGGAAUUAUUUGUGCUUGGGAACAAAUCCAUUUAUUUACACUCACAGGGAUUUAGUGAAUUACAGUAUAAGUGGACAUAUCUGGAUACUUGAAGAUGUGUACAAGUGUAUUUAUUUCUGACGUCUUGUUGAUGAGCAUAAUUCAAUUUCCUCUUUCAUCUUAUUUGAUUUUUCAUUUGAAAAGUUGGGUUUUUACAGUGAUAUGUCCUCAGAAGGCAUGUAAACAGCUUCAAAUGAUCGAAAUGAAAUCUCCAGCGAAAAUCAUGCGCUGUUAUACAGUACCCACCCACUAAACAAAUGAGAAAGUGCCUAGAAAUACUAGAUAUAAUACUUUCAUUAAACACUGAAAAAGGUUAGAUAACCUAACACUGAUGAAUUUCUGGUUGAACUUUGAUAUAGCCGAUGAUGACUAGAGUAUUAAGCUUCAUUUAAUUAUUUGAGGAUUUCUGUAGUUUAUCUUUAUUUAUCAAUAAUACAUAAGAUUUAGCGCUAACACUGUUUACUGUAUUGCAUACUUCUAAUUCUGACUUAAUUCGUAUAAACUAAACUGUCCAUCCAGUGAAAACCAAUCUCGUAUUAAACUUUACAAAGACAUUGUAUGUUCUAACUGAAUUUAUUUUCUUGGCUUCUAAUAUUCUGCAUAUUUUAAAAACAAACUAGGUAAAAGGACAUAUUUUUGUUUUUCAAAUGUAAUAUUAAAAAAAUUACUGAGUUAAUCAAUAUGUUGCACUUGUUAAUGUUUACAUGUUCAACUUCAUUUCUCUUGUAAGCCAACAGGAUUGGAUAACAUAUCGACCUAUUGUCAUUUAUUUGACAAUAUAUAUCUGAACUUUGAUUAUACAGAACUAUAUGAAAGAACUAUAUUCAAGUUUAAUUGUCAAGAUAGUUUCAAAUACAGUUACAUUUUUGUUACUUCUCUAAUUAUUAUUAAUUCCUAACAGAAUUCAGUUAUUGUCUAUCAUAAUCACAUCUUUUUUUAAAAGAAAAAAACUAAAUAUAGUUAGUUCAUUUGGAUC